AUGAGAUCUCGUGCUGCGCAGGAGGGAUGUCUGCGACAGCGACAGACGAGCGACAGACCGCUGAUGGGAUCAACGCAUCAGAUGGCAGGGUGGAUGCUCUUGAAGCGACACACCGAGGUCGCUGAGGAUGCCGCCUGCUAUUUCGAGGCCGGGUUUGACCGUCUUCAAUGGGCUCUAUCGAGUCGAUCCAAGGAGCCGAGCUUGUAUGUCCGCCCCAAAGAAGUUGUCGCACCGGAGUCGGAUUCGCGCCCGCCCAUCGUCAUCGAAAGGACCAAGUAUACGGAUAUCGAGGCGACGAGUCCGUCACAAUUCCAGAGGCCGGAUGGCUAUGGGCGGUUCAGCGAGGCGUCCUCGUCGACCGUGGUGGCCGUGUCUAGCCCGAGGCAUUGGCGGUUCGAUGACAUAACGCCUACCGGUAGUGCUCUAGGGAAUCCCCAGAGAGGCGAAGGAUGUGGGCAAUACACUGAAGCGCCUCCGCCGACCAUGGGAGUCGCGCCCAGUCCGCAGCGUGCGCGGUCCCAUGGUGACACGUUGGGGCUUUGA